AUGGGGUCGCCGCCGGCGCCGCUGCAGGUGUCUGGAGCAGCCGCCCAAACAGUCCCAAGCAGGAUCUGCCACCACAGCCGUCACAGGCAGGACCGGCCGCCGCCGUCCGUUACAUCCAGGACCCGCCGCCCAGGCUGCCUGGCCGCGCGCACGCGCGCUCCUUCCACCCCACGCCCGCUCCCCUCCCCGCACUCCCGCGGACCGAGACGCGCACGCGCACUCGCCCCCGCCCCGCCGCCGGGGCUGUUGACGCGACGCCCUCCUGCUUUGCGGGCGUUCGCUCUCCAGUCGCCUCCGACGAGGCCUGGAUCCCGCUCCCACGCAAUGGCACGCGCCGGACUUGCGGGUCCCGUCUCGCCACUCUCCAUCCCCACCCCCCACGGGUUCCUCCGACACGUUCCGUCGUAGUGGUAAACAUUUUUAGGUGUGGUUGACGCCAAGCCCCCAGGCGCAGUCAGGCAUGGUUGUAAACGCUGGCUGACACACUCAAGACGUCCCUUCCAGGACCCUCGUUGAGCCUGAUCUCAUCCAUGAUUCAUGGACUAACCAUUCCAUCACAGCGCUAUUGUCUGUGAAGCAAAAC